AUGCUGUCUGAAAAUGGCUCUGCUGCGCUUGCGCCUCUCGCAGCGGACCCGAGUAUGACCACUCGAUAUACGGACGACGAAUGGGCGAGGUUCAUUGCACAGUUCGAGAAGGAUCUAGUAGUGUCCGAUGUGACUUGUGUGUGCCCGGAUCUGGGCAGCGAGGGAUUCGCGAAAACCAUCGACCAUACACUUCUGAAACUGGAUGCGAGAAGUGCACAGUUUGACUCGGUUUGCGCAGAGGCACGCGUAGACAAUUUCGCGACUGUCUGUGUUCGACCACAACAUGUCGGACAGUGCGUAGCCGAUCUCAAAGGCAGUGGUGUGAAGGUCUCCGGUGCCAUUGGCUUCCAUGAAGGCUCAUACGAUCUGCUCCACAAGGCACAAGAGACGAAGAAAUCGAUACAAGGCGGUGCUGAAGAGCUGGACAUUGUGGUCAAUUACGGCGAGCUGAAGGCUGGCAAGUAUGCUUCAGUAUACAAUGAGUUGGCGACACUCAGACUCCAGGCACCACAUCCUAUCCUCCUCAAGCUCAUUCUCGAAACCUCACAACUAGAUCGAUUGCAGAUCGUCGCAGGCUGCGCAAUGGCUGCAGCAGCGAAUUUCGACUUCGUCAAAACCUCGACGGGCUUCAAUGGCCACGGUGCAAAAGAAGAGCACGUACGUUUAAUGGCUGCGUGCUGUGAGAAACUUGCUCUCGGUCAAGGAGGACGGAAGAUGCUGGUCAAAGCUUCCGGUGGUAUACGAACAAUCGAGGAUGCAGUGAAAAUGCUUGAGGCAGGCGCAAGCAGGUUAGGUACAAGUAAUGGUGUCUGGAUAGCCAAGGAGGGAAGGGAGUUUGUGGACAGGAGUCGGAGUCCGCCGUCAGUACAAGAGCAGAGGCGAGGCUCGAGACCGAACACGACAAGAUUGUUUACGGAUGAAUACUGA